AUGCCUCGUUUAAAAUCAUCCCGUUACUCUGCAAAUCAUCGAUAUUAUGUAAGGCAUAAAGAACGCAUUCUUCAGCGUCGUCGCGAUCGUAUUCAGUCUUUAGUUUCUAACACACCUAUACUUCCUACAAUUGACAACCUCUAUCCGUCACUACCUUCUAUUAAUGAGAUUUAUCCUUCGCUUCCUUCUAUUGAUAAUCUUUCCUUAUCACUUCUACUUCCUUCUAUCGAUAAUAUCUU